AUGGCCAUCCAAAAGAAGCACGCCAAAGCGCGCUUGGACAAGUACUACUACCUCGCAAAGGAGAAGGGUUACCGAGCCCGAGCGGCGUUCAAGCUCAUCCAACUCAAUAAGAAGUACUCCUUCCUGCAACAGUCGAAAUGCCUCAUUGAUUUAUGCGCGGCGCCGGGGUCAUGGCUGCAGGUUGCAGCAGAGACCAUGCCGGUUAAGAGUCUCAUCGUUGGUGUAGACCUGGCGCCGAUCAAGCCCAUACCGAGGACCAUCACCUUCCAAGGCGACAUAACAACGGACAAGUGCCGUGCAACGAUCCGUGGCCAUCUCAAGACGUGGAAAGCCGACACAGUGAUUCACGACGGCGCGCCAAAUGUUGGUACAGCUUGGGUGCAGGAUGCCUUCAGCCAGAACGAGCUGGUCUUGUCAUCGCUUAAGCUUGCUACUGAAUUCUUGGCGCCACAGGGCACAUUCGUAACCAAAGUCUUCCGUAGCAAGGACAGCGCAAAACUGGAGUGGAUCUUCAAGCAGCUGUUCGCGAAGGUAGAGCAGACCAAGCCACCCUCAAGCCGAAAUGUCUCAGCCGAGACCUUUUACGUUUGCCGUGGCUUUAAGGCACCAAAGCAUCUUGAUCCGCGCUUUUUGGACCCCAAGCACGCAUUUGCGGAGGUGGAGGAGGCGGCCGUCAACAAUGAAGCACGUGUCUUCAACCCAGAGAAGAAGAAGCGGAAGAGAGAGGGUUAUGAGGAAGGCGAUUGGACGCAGUUUAGCGAAGCUGCGGCGAGCGAGUUCGUGCAGACGCAGGAUCCGAUUCAGAUGCUAGGUAGUCUUAAUCGGUUACACUUUCGGCAGGAAGGGAACGGUGACAUUGCUCUGGCGGCGCUGGACAAACUGCCGGAGACGACAGAAGAGAUUAGACUAUGCUGCGCCGAUCUGAAAGUGCUGGGUCGCAAAGAGUUCAAGAUGUUGCUCCGAUGGCGAUUGAAGGCGAGGGAGCGGUUCGGCUUCCGGCAGAAGAAGUCGUCUAACCCAGCUGCUCCAUCUGCUGAGACUACCGCUGCCGGUGCGGCGGACGAUACUGCAGCUGAGAAUGGUAUCGUUGGUGAGGAGGUUGCCAUGGUCGAACCAAUGGAUGAAGAGAUGCGUCUGCAAGAGGAGAUUCAACAAAUGAAAGACCAGCAAUCGAAGGUCAAGCGGAAAGAGCGCCGAAGAGAGAACGAGCGCAAACAGAAGGAGAUCACACGCAUGCAGAUGAACAUGACUACGCCUUCCGAGAUCGGUAUUGACGCUGCAGCACCUAUGGGAGGUGACGCGACGUUCCGGUUAAAGGAUGUGGAGAAGGCGGGCAUUGCACGGCAAAUAACGAGGGGGAGGAUGCAUCAUGAAGUUGAGCGAGCGAAGGCGGAGGAAGUGGCUGACGAGGAAGAAGAGGAGGACGAGGUAGGCGACGAGUUGGAAGCGCAAUUAGAUAGUUUGUAUGAAAGCUAUCAGGAGCGUAAGGAGGACCGAGAUACGAAGGCGAGGGCUAAGCGGGUCCGAAAGGAGACGAACCCUGGCGAAAGUGACGAUGAGUUCGAAGGCUUCGACAAAGCUGCUGAUGAGGGUGCGGAGACGGAUGCGAGCAGUGACGCUGACUUGAUCGAGGAUAACGAUGACGACGAUCUCGAAACUGGUGUUGAGGAUGCUGCACUCCUGAAUGACUUGGCGCCGAAAGACGGACCACGACAGGGCGCUUUAUCUGGACGUGCAGCGAGUUUCUUCCAGCAAGACAUCUUCCGUGAUCUUGAGGUGGACAAUGAUCUGGACGACGAGGCUCAUCUGGACCACGAGGCAGAUGUGGGAAGAGAUAGUGGGAUUGACGACCCUGAAUCGUCCAAAGAUGACUGGGAAGAGGGCACGCAACGGGUUACCGAGGCAAAAGAAGGACGUCCCAACAUCAACAUCAUCACCGCCGAAGCCAUGACCCUCGCUCACGCCCUCGCUACAGGCCAAGUAACGAAGCAAGCAUUAGAAGACGACGCUUUCACCAAGUUCUCUCACCGCGACGUCGACGGUCUACCAGAAUGGUUCCUCGACGACGAGUCCAAGCACAGCCGCCAGCAACGCCCCAUCACCGCCGAAGCAGCCGCAGCGAUUAAAGAGAAGUUCCGCGCUCUGAACGCUCGGCCUAUCAAGAAGGUGCGAGAAGCCAAAGCGAGGAAAACACUACGGGCGGCGAGGCGGUUGGAGAAGUUGCGGAGGAAGAGUGAAGGGUUGGCGGAAGGUGAUGGGGAUGGGAUGGGCGUGUUUAGUGAGAAGGAUAAGGCGGGCCAGAUUGCGAAGUUGAUGGCAAAGGCGAAGAAGAGCGGAGCGAAGCGGAAGCCGAGUGUGAAGGUUGUGGUGGCGGGUGGCGCCAAUAAGGGUGCGGGAAGGCCGAGGGGAGUCAAGGGAAAGUAUAAGAUGGUUGAUAAGAGGUUGAAAAAGGAUGUUAGAGGGGAGAAGAGGUUGGCUAAGAAGAUGAAGGGGAAGAAGUAAAGGGAUGAGUGUGGCACCAAGCGAAUUGCGCGUAAAACAAGAGCAUCCAUUCACUAUUCAAGGUGUCUCCAUCUUCGUCUUACCACCUUAGCCAUGGCGUGGGUG